AUGGUAAGAACUAACCAAACUUCUACGGUGACAGAGUUUCUCUUCUCUGGAUUCCCCCAGUUUGAAGAUGGUAGCCUCCUCCUCUUCAUUCCUUUGUUCAUCAUCUACACAUUCAUUGUUAUCGGGAAUCUCACUAUAUUUUUUGCAGUCAGGAUGGACACCCGUCUCCACAAUCCCAUGUACAAUUUCAUCAGUAUCUUCUCCUUCCUGGAGAUCUGGUACACCACAGCCACCAUUCCCAAGAUGCUGUCCAAUCUCAUCAGUGAGAAGAAGACUAUCUCCAUUACUGGCUGCCUCUUGCAGAUGUACUUCUUCCAUUCACUUGGAAAUUCGGAGGGGAUCUUGUUGACCACCAUGGCCAUUGACAGGUAUGUUGCUAUCUGCAACCCACUCCGCUACCCUACCAUUAUGACCCCCCAGCUGUGUGCUCAGCUCUCUGCAGGCUCUUGCAUCUUUGGCUUUCUUGUGUUGCUCCCAGAGAUUGCAUGGAUUUCCACACUGCCCUUCUGUGGGCCCAACCAAAUCCAUCAGAUAUUCUGUGACUUUGAGCCUGUGCUGCACUUGGCCUGUACAGACACAUCCGUGAUUCUGAUUGAGGAUGUGAUCCAUGCUGUGGCCAUCAUCUUUUCUGUCCUGAUUAUUGCUCUCUCUUAUAUCAGAAUCAUCACUGUGAUCUUGAGGAUCCCUUCUGUUGAAGGCCGCCAGAAGGCCUUUUCCACCUGUGCAUCUCAUCUUGGUGUCUUUCUGAUGUUCUAUGGCAGUGUGUCCCUCAUGUACCUGCGAUUUGCUGCCACUUUCCCACCAAUUUUGGACACAGUUAUUGCACUGAUGUUUGCUGUUCUUGCUCCCCUUUUCAACCCUAUCAUCUAUAGCUUGAGAAACAAGGAUAUGAAGAUUGCAAUUAAGAAGCUUCUCUGUCCUGGGUUGCCUGGGUGGCUCAGGAUGGAAUCCCAGAAGUGGAGGAGGAAAGCCUCAGGUAACAGUGAUGAAUUGUGUCCAGUGCCAGAGGACAGCAGAGUCUCCAUUAGCAUGGGCAGACAGGGCUUCGCGAAGCUUGGUGGGAAGAGCUUCAGUGCAGAAGUGGGGGAGAGAGUAAACACCAGUGUUGUAGGAACAUGA